CAGGCCGGGACUGUGAGAAAGAGGCUCCAGGCAAUAGCGGGCCAGAGCCGGCUUCCCCUUUGGAAGCGGUGUUUCACACCUCUCUCCGCCCGCGGCGUCGGUGGCGUCGGCGGCGGCGGAGGCGGCGGCAGCGGGGACAGCAGCGACGGCGGCGGCGGCGGGGGCCGCAGGAGCGGUGGUGCUGUCAGUUAGGCCGUCGGAGAAAUGGGAGACCCGGCGUCGGAGAUAAUAGAGUCUGUCCCUGCAGCCGGGCCUGAGGCAUCUGAGGCAACAACGGAUGAAAACGAAGAUGACAUUCAGUUUGUCAGUGAAGGACCAUCAAAAAGUGUUCUUGAAUACUUUGAUUUGGUCUGUGGUGAUAAUGAAGAGCCUAGCACCUGUCAUAGUGAUAUUCUGUUCCCUAAAAUGCCAAAACGACAGGGAGAUUUUUUGCGUUUUUUAAAUGUGAAGAAGGUGAAAACAGACACAGAAAGUAAUAGCAAAAAUCGUUGUGGAUUGUCUAAGUCAAAGGAAUCAAAUUUCAAAUAUGUUGAACAACCAAUCAUUGAAGAAAAUCCAUCAUGUUCAUCAAAGGAAGAAACAGAUAAUCUUGUGCUUCCAGAUUGUUGGAAUGAAAAACAAGCAUUUAUGUUUACAGAACAGUACAAAUGGCUUGAAAUAAGAGAAGGUAGAUUAGGAUGUAAGGAUUGUUCAACAGUUCGGCAUUUGGGAUCGAAAGCAGAAAAGCAUGUCCAUGUGUCCAAGGAAUGGAUUGCAUAUUUAGUAACCCCUAAUGGCAGUAAUAAAACUACUAGACAGGCUUCUCUGCGGAAAAAAAUUAGGGAACACGAUGUUUCUAAAGCCCAUGGUAAAAUUCAGGAUUUGUUAAAGGAAUCAGUUAAUGACUCAAUUUCUGAUUUAGUGCAUAAACAAAAUAAUAAAAAUAUUGAUGCUACAGUAAAAGUUUUCAAUACUGUUUACAGUUUAGUAAAACAUAAUAGACCUUUAUCUGAUAUUGAGGGGGCAAUAGAAUUACAAGAGAAAAAUGGAGAGGUCAACUGUUUAAAUACACGAUACAGUGCAACAAGAAUAGCAGAACAUAUUGCAAAAGAAAUGAAAAUGAAGAUAUUUAAAAAUAUUGUAGAAGAGAAUGCCAAAAUCUGCAUCAUAAUUGAUGAGGCAUCUACAGUUUCGAAGAAAAGCACUCUAAUGAUUUAUCUCCAGUGCACAGUUCAGUCGGCUCCUGCACCAGUUAUGUUAUUUGUUGCUUUAAAAGAAUUGGUGUCAACCUCAGCAGAGUGUAUUUUCAAUACAAUACUGAGUUCUUUAAAUGAUUGUGGCUUUACUAAUGAAUAUUUGAAAGCAAAUUUAAUUGCAUUUUGUUCUGAUGGUGCUAAUACAAUCCUGGGAAGAAAGGCUGGAGUAGCUACAAAGUUGUUAGAAAAUUUUCCUAAAAUCAUUAUUUGGGACUGUUUAAACUAUCGAUUGCAAUUGUCGCUUGAUGAUUCAAUAUCUGAAAUAAAACAAGUUAAUCAUUUUAAACUAUUUCUUGAUAAAAUUUAUUCCAUUUAUCACCAGUCUAAUAAAAAUCAAAACAAGCUUUUAGAAACUGUAGCUAAAGAUCUUGAAAUUGAAAUUAUUAAAAUUGGAUGGGUGAUGGGACCAAGAUGGGCGGCAUGUAGUUUACAAGCUGCUACUGCUGUAUGGCAUGCAUAUCCUGUAUUAUAUAUGCAUUUCUCUAAUUCUUACUCUGGUUUGGCAAAGAGAUUAGCUAACAUUCAUUUUUUGCAAGACCUUGCUUUAAUGAUUGACAUUCUUGAAGAAUUGUCACUACUUUCAACUGCAUUACAGUCCAGAUCAACUAACAUUCAGAAAGCACAAAAAUUGAUCAAACGUACCAUAAGAGCUUUGGAAAAUUUAAAAAUUGGUACUGGAAAGCAUGAGUCUCAAAUUGAAGGUUUGAUUAAGUCAGAUAAGUUUAAAGAUAUUCCAUUUAAUAAAAAUAAUAAAUACAAUGCUCUUCCUAGGAGUAUGUUAAUAGAAAAUAUAAUUGAACACAUGCAUUUACGUCUUGUAUCUGACAGAAACCAUGAUGAAAGUAUUUUUAAUUAUUUUGACUUGCUAGAACCUUCUACAUGGCCUUAUGAAGAAAUAACUUCACCAUGGAUAGCUGGUGAAAAAAAAUUAUUUCAUCUAUGUGAAAUUUUAAAAUACAAAAUUGAUUUGAAUGAUUUUCGGGAAUUUGUAAAUAAUAAUAUAAAAUCAAUCAAUGUUUCGAUUCCUACAACUAUACAAAAAGCUAAAAAGAUAGUUAACACUAUUGCAAUCAAUAAUGCUGAAGCUGAAAGAGGUUUCAAUUUAAUGAACAUAAUUUGUACAAGGGUGAGAAAUAGUUUAACAAUAGAUCACAUAUCAGAUCUAAUGACAAUAAAUUUAUUAGGGAAGGAGUUAGCAGAUUGGGAUGCAACUCCAUUUGUAAAGUCCUGGUCACAUUGUAACCAUAGGUUGGCUACAGAUACAAGAGUUAGGCAAAAAUCAACAAAAGCCUUCUAUGGGAAUCAGUUAGCUAUAUGGAAUUUACAAUAAAGGGUAUUAUAUAUGUUAUCAUUUGCAAAUUGUGUGCUACACAUCUUAUAUAUAAAACAUUUUUUUAAAGCCCAUUUUUAAACUUACAUUAACAUGUUUAAAAGGCAUUCUCCAAAGAGAUAAAGUUGAUUGUUUUUAGGAGCUAUAUAGUUUUUUACAGAUUGGCCCAUGUCUCCUAGAGUAGGCCAUGGUGUAUAUUACAAGGAGUCCUGUACAGAACAUCCAACCAUUUCCAUUUCUCUUGCCUUUUAGUAAGGAUGCAAAAGUUCAAAGCCCUGGAAAUUAUAUAAAAUAAAUGAGAAAUAGAAUAAAAACUGCAAGCUUUUUGGCUGUUAAUCACUUCUGUAUGUGCUAAUACAGUAAUCUCUAGCUAUGGGUGGCUAUUAAGCACUUGAAAUGAGCUCAGUAGGACUAAGUUAAUUAAUUAGAAAAAUGCAGUGUAAAAUACUUUUAACUCAACUUUUUUUUUGUAGAAAUACAUUUAACUUGUUACCUUGUUCAUGAUUCUUGUAGUGUGCCUGUCAAACUCCUGUGUCAUGUGUAAUAUUACUUAAAAACACAUCAGUGAAUUGGUGUCAACAGAUGGAUUCGGUGCACAUUAUUUUUUUCUAUGAAUUGGAUGUAACAGCAUCUUUACCUGAGUAUUUUAUAUAGACAAUAGGAAUUACAGUGAUAAUGUAAAUCAUAAUUGAUAAUUAAAUUGAAUUAUUUAUUUUAAAUAUAUUUUUCUAGUUCAGACAUGAAUAUGCACAUUUUUUAAUUUAAAAUGGCUUACUGAAGGCUUACUGAAAAAGAAAUAGAGAUGCAGAAACUAGUACUACAACUGGAACAAUAAACAGUGGAAGAAGGUAUGGUAUGCAUUUCAUGAUGAAUGGUUAAUUGCAGUUGGCUGUGGCUGAGAAAAACUUAUUUAACAAAGACAGUAAAGUGGGUAAUACUGAGACAGUUUCAGCAAAUGCAUAAUGAAUGAAAUCUUUCAAAGUAAAAUUAAAUUUAGUCACUUGAAAUCAGAAUUAAAUGUUGAACAAAAAAACUUUUAAACAAUUUUUAAAGGGUUGAUUAUAAGUUUAGCCAGCUAUAAAACAGCUUGGAUUUUCACGUGAAAAAAAAAUUGGUUUUGAAUAGAUAAUAAAAUAUUUCAGUAAUAGAAAUUGUUAGAAAAUUAUGAAUUAAAGCCUUAAAAAUGUUUUAUUAAGAAAGUACAAAGUCCUGGGGU